UCUGCGGCUCCGAGCGGCGGCCGCGGCCUCUCCGGGGCCUCUCCGGGGCGGCGGGUCCGGGGCUGCUCCGGGACCCCCGGCACCGCCAGCCCGGCGGCCGCUCCCGGGGCCGUCCCGCGCCCGGGAUCCAUCCCCGGAUCCCUCCCGGAUCCCUCCCGGAUCCAUCCCCGGAUCCAUCCCCGGAUCCAUCCCCUCAUCCCGCUCUCUCCAUCUCGGUCCGCAUCCCGGUGUCCCCCCCCCCCUCCCCGCCAUCCCGGUCCCCUCUCCCCUCCCCCGGUCCCAUCCCGGUGAUUCCCGACAUCUCCCCCCCAUCGCCCCUCCCCAUCCCCGGUGCAGCUGGGCCCGCUGCCCCCCCCCCCCGCCCCAAUUCCCGUUUUCCCCCCGCUCUUUCCCGGUGCCCCCCGCCGAUGCCCCCCCGGUAGGGCGAGGCCCGACCCGCCCGGCCCCCCCGGAGCAGCGAUGGGAGCGUCCGUGGGCUGAGCCCCCCCAGGCCCCACGGCGACGCCUGGACAGGACCAGCAUGGAGCCCUGAGAGGAGGCGCGGCCGUGGGGAUGGCGAAGCUGCUGGUGCCGCUGGUGAUGCUGGGGGCCGUGUCCGGGGCGGGGGUCCCGGUGUCGCCGCCGUCGCCGCGGUGUCCCCCGCGCUGCCUGUGCCCCGCGGCCGCGCCCAGCCCGACGCUGCUGUGCGCCCGCACGGGGCUGCUGGCCGUGCCGCCCAGCCUGGACCGCGGCGCCGUGGAGCUGCGCCUGGCCGACAACUUCAUCGGCGCCGUGGGCCGCGCCGACUUCGCCAACAUGAGCAGCCUGGUGCACCUGACGCUGUCGCGGAACGGGCUGCGCCGCCUGGCCCCCGGCGCCUUCGCCGACCUGCGCGCCCUGCGAGCGCUGCACCUGGACGGCAACCGGCUGCCGGCGCUGAGCGGGCCGCAGCUGCGCGGGCUGGCCAGCCUGCGCCACCUCAUCCUGGCCAACAACCAGCUGGCCGCCAUCGACGCCGCCGCCUUCGCCGCCUUCGCCGCCACCGUGGAGGACCUGGACCUGUCGCACAACAACCUCCCGGCGCUGCCCUGGGACGCCGUGGCCGCCAUGGGCAGCCUGGCCACGCUGACUCUGGACCACAACCUGCUGGAGCGGGUGCCGGCCGGCGCCGUGGCGCGGCUGCCGCGCCUGGCCAGGCUCGACCUCACGGCCAACCGGCUGCGGGCGCUGCCGCCGGUGCCGGGGCCGCCGGGGCCGGCGCUGGCGGCCGGGGGCAACCCCUUGCACUGCAACUGCGAAUUGCUGUGGCUGCGCCGCGUGGCUCAGCCGGGCCGCCUGGAAACCUGCGCCACGCCGGCGCCGCUGGCGGGGCGCCUGCUGGGCGCCGUGCCCGAGGAGGAGCUGACCUGCCGGGCCCCCUCCGUCACCGCCGCGGCCGCGACCCCGCCCGCGGUCACCGAGGGGCAGCCGCUGCGCCUGGGCUGCGCCGCCGUCGGGGACCCGCCGCCCGCGCUGCACUGGCUGGGCCCCGACGGGCGCGUGGUGCAGAACGGCUCCCGGCGCUCGGUGGGCGCCGACGGCUCCCUGGAGCUCCGCGUGGCCACCCUGAGGGACCACGGCGGCUUCACCUGCGUGGCCGCCAACGCCGCGGGCGAGGCGGCCGCGCGCGUCGACGUCGUGGUGGUGCCGCUGCCGGUGCCGCGGGGACGGGACGGGGACGGGGAGGCCGCGGCCGCUGAGCCGGGGCCCGGCCCCUCGGAUAUGGCCCAAGCGGGCGGCAAUGACACCUGGGGGGGGCCCGGGGAGCGGCGGGUGGUGGCGGUGGAGGUGACGGGGUCCUCGGCGCGCAUCCGGUGGCUGCCGCAGCGCCACGUGCCCGGCGUGCGCAUGGUGCAGAUCCAGUACAACAGCUCGGCCGACGAUGCCCUCGUCUACAGGUUGUUGCCCCCCUCCAGCCGCACCUUCGUGCUGCGGGACUUGGCCCCCGGGCGCCAGUAUGAGCUCUGCGUAUCCACGCUGCGCGUGGUCGGGGACCCCCCUGCUGCCCCCCGCCCGCUCGGCUGCGUCUCCUUCGCCACGGCCGCCGCUCCGCCGGGCUGCGCCGCGCCGCCCCGGCCCCACUUCUUGGGGGGCACCGUCAUCAUCGUCAUCGGCGCCGCCAUCGCCGCCUCCGUGCUCGUGUUCAUCCUCAUCCUCACGGCGCGCUGGAAGGCGGCGGGGGCGCGGCGCCCCCCGCCCGCCCUCACCAGCGUCUGCUCCCAGACCAACGGCGGCCCCCGGCCCGCCGAGACCCCCGAGCUGCCCCCGCUGCCCCCGCUGCCCCCGGCGGCGGGCGGGGGUCCCGCGGCAGGGGGGGCGCGGGGGUUGUUCCCCAGCCACAGCUACCCCCGGCGGGCGCGGCCCCGGCGCCACGGGUCCCUCCCGCGGCUGGACGCGCCCGAGGGGAGCCCCCUGGGACCCCCCCUGCGCCCCUCGUUCGGCAGCACCCACUGGAUGCUGGAGAGCACCGUGUGAGGCGGGGAUGCUGGGAAUUCCUCCCCCCCGGCCCCCUCUCGGGAGCCCUCCUCGGCAGCACCCACGGGAACCCACCCCCCCCGCGGGAUCCUCCGGGGGGGGGGCGGCGGUGGAAACCCCCCCCCUCGGGUGGUCCCGGGCGACCAAACGCAGCCCAGGCGGCUCUUGUGGCGGUGGGGGGGGGGUCCUGGGAGCGCCAAAGCUCGCCCGGGUUCCCCCCCCGGACCCAUUUGGGAUCCCCCGUGGGUGCCACCAGGUGCCAUUGGGAACCCGCCAGGUGUCCCCCCACCCCGCCCUGGGGGUACCUGUAUGCAAACCUUUCCCCCCGAAAAACCCGCGUGGGGACCCCCGACAUGUGCGAGCACCGCCACGCGCGUGGGGACUCGCGUGGGCCCCGAAUCGCGCGUGGCGUGUCCGGAAACCUGUGGCUCCCCCCACGCGUGUCCCGCCCCCGACCCCCCCGAGAUGCGCACUUGGGACUUGCGUGUGCGCCCCAACAUUUGUGUGCCCCCCCCCCCGCCCCACGCGCGUGCCCGGCCCGCCCCCCCCGCGGUGCCUUCGGCCGGGCCGGGGGGGCCCCGCGCACGCCCCCGACAUCUCUGCACAGAUGACACGAGACCCGCAGCCCCCCCCCCCCCAAAACCCCCCCGUGGGGAGGGGAGGGCAAAAAGGGGGGGACCCCGGAUGCCUGGGGACCCCCCGUGUGUCCCUCCUGUGGCCUCUGCCCCCCCCCCCCCAACUCGACUCGGGGGUUCCUAUCUGGCUGGUCUGGAUAACCCUGGGGGGGCGCCCCCAGCCCCCCCAUUUCCCUCCCAGCCCCAUUUCCCCGCCCCCAAAAAUGCCUCAGAUCCUCCCCAUCUCUCCCCCCCCACCCCCAAACGCCGCCCCCCCCACCAGCCGCCCCCCUCGGGCCCCCGCAGUGUUUAACACGAGUUUUUACAUUAAAAACCUGUGCCCCCCCCCGGGGCAGAAACACGAGUGUGAAUGGGGGGAGGUGGGAGCUC